GACCCGCGCUCCGCUCAUCACGUGACUUGCAGCCUUAGCGGGAGACGAGGUUGAGGAGGAGGGGGGAGGAGGUUGAUGAGACGCGGAGAAGACGACGACGACGAGGAGGAGACUCGAACCGAGCUCAGUGGCGCGGCGGCGUCCACAAUCCAUCCCACCGCUCCACGAAGGUGGUCAACUCCGUUACCGACUCGCCCCCACCACCGCGACCCACACCCUGCUCGGUCUGCCUCUGCCUGCGGGCAUCGGUGAGGGUGCGCCGGUACAGCGGCCAGGCAAGCGUUGGGGGCCCGUGCGCGACCAGGCCGAGGUUCGUCUGCCGCCGCCGCCGCGAUGUCGACUUCGGAGAGCGACAGCGACUCGAGCGGGUGGACUCUGCUGAGCCGCGAGGGCCUGGACGAGGAGUGCGUGGGCGCCAAGCAGAGACGUCAACUCGGGCACUCGGACUCCGAGGAUGAUGGAGCUGAGACGGUGCCGGCCCACGUCGCGCAGAGCCAAGGCAACGGGUUCUUGGAAGGGAAACUCCGGGAGGCGUUGGAUGCCGGGGGCGAGGGCUGCGAGAGGGUGGGGGAAACCGGACUCCCCGACGAGGCCACGUGCACGGUGGAGCGGCCACCCGGGCCUGAAGAGGUGAAGGAAGAUGUGAAUGCGGAGGUGGGAGAUGAGGAUAAGGAGGAGGUGAGAGAUGAGGAAGAUGAGGUGAACAAGACGAACGAGAAGGUGGGCAAGGCAAGUGAGCCAAUGGGUGAGGAGGUUGAGAUAGUGGACGAAAAUAUGGGCAACGUGAGCGAAAAGGUGAAGUUGGACGAGGAGUUGAGUGUGGAAGUGAGCGAGAAGAUGAUGGAGGAAGAGGAGGAGAGCGAGGUGGUGAGUGAGGUAUUGAGCGGGAGCGUGAGCAAGAAGGUGAACAAGGAGGUGAAAGGGGAGGGGAACGAGAACAUGGGCAAGGAGGCGAGCGGGGAGUUCAGCAAGGCAGUUAGCGAGAAGGUGAGAGGGGAGGUGAGUGAGGAGUUGAGUGAGGAGUUGAGUGAGGAGUUGAGUGAGGAGUUGAGUGAGGAGUUGAGUGAGGAGUUGAGUGAGGAGUUGAGUGGUGACGUGCAGGCGAAGGUGAUUGAGGUGAGCGAAAAGAUGGAGGAAGUGAAAAUGGAGCGAAGUGAGGUGGUAAUGGAGGAGGUGAGAGGGGAGAUGUACAAGGACAUGAUGGAGGAGAUGAUGGAGGUGAGCGAGGAGGUGAGUGGGAGCGAUGACUCCGACCUCUUCACGCUGGAUCCCUCUGCGCUCGACGAGAUUCCGGAUCCUCUUGCUCCCUCUGAGGCGUCCGUGGAGAUGCCCGACUCUGCGGCAGGCCUGGAGGACCCCCCUCAUCUCCCCUCCUCCCACUCGGAGGCAUCCGUGGAGCCCGUCAUGCGGGCGGAUGGCGAGGACACUCUCGCGGGGUCUUUGAGCAUCGGCGGCCGCUUCCCGUUCCCCCUGGGGCGCGAGCGAGCCCCGUCGGGCACUGGCUCCAGCACCGACGAGGAAGACCAGGAGAAGCUCGGUCGAUGUGAUGAUGACGAAAUCAGGAGCGGCCUGACGGCGCCCAGGCUGCGCCGACGCCUCGCCCGCCGGCAACUCUCUACCACGCUGGCCGACGGCACCGUGCCUGCAACGGGGGGCACCGUGCCUGGCACGGGUGUGCCGGUGACGGUGCUGGUGCCCGCACUCGCGCUGGCGCUCAUCGUGGCGCUGGGACUUGUGAUAGCGAGCAACCACGUGGCGAGCGGGAGGCAGGGGGCGUUGGUGCAGCAGAACGAGCGUCUCAGGGCAGCCGAGCGCCAGCUGCAGGCCGAGGUGACCGCCAUGGCCGGGCGUUGGGAGGCAGAGCGUGGGGCCCUGUCCCAGGAGAACGCCGCGUUGCGAGCGACGCUGAUCCAGCUACGCCAAGAGGCCGGGCGAUCCACUGCGGCGGCGAAGCAGGAGGGCCCCGGGGCCACCACCGCACAGGGGCAGGAGGCCGCACGGGCGGCGGCGCGGGAGCUGGCGGCCGAGGGCCGCCGGCUGCAGGCCGAGGUUCGCCGGCUCCACCGGGAGCUGCGGGAGGAGCGUGCGGCCUCCGCGACCACCCGCGGAGAGCGCGACGCGGCGGCCGUGGCGCUGGAGGCCGAGGGGCGGCGCUCGCACCUGUGGGAGCGGCUCUACGUGGAGGCGCGCGACGCGGCCGCCGAGCAUGGGAAGAGGAAGCAGGAGGAGGGGGAGGUGCGAGGGCCUGACCCCCGCCACCGGCUCUACGAGGACGCCAAGAACUCGACGAGGAAGCGCGCGGAGCGUGGGGCCGGGCAGGCGGAGUCCGACGCAAGCCGGAGCCGCGGCUGGGGAGGCCACGCGACCGCGGGGGCCGGGAGCGAGGCGAGGGCCGAGGCGCGGCAAGGGGACGGCCGGCGGGGGCAGGGGCAGGGGCAAGGUCAGGGGCAGGGCAGCAGGCGGAGAGGGGAAGAGCGGCUGAAGAUGAAGGGGAGGGACUGGCGGGGCCCCGAGGAGUACGGGGCCCAGAGGGCGCAUCCCCCACAGGGACAGGGCCACAGCACGAAGCACAACGAGCAGCACAACCGGUGUCACGAGCAGCACAAGCAGCAGAGCUACAGGGCGUGGCACGGGAAGCCACGGCGCCACUGCGACCUGCACGUGGCCGAAGUGGAGAUAGAGCUCGGGCCCCUGCCCUUUGGCCCUAAGUACUGACCCUGCAUCUCGGACAAUUGCCCCAGACCUCCCCAUAGCUCUCCCUGCCUCCUCUUGCUUGAUGUGCUUCUCAUAGUUUCCUUCGACCAUAUCCUGUUUCCCUGCCUUUCCUUGUCUCCCCUGGACUUUCAACUGUCUUCCUCUAUAUUCUAUAGCCUCUGUUUCUCCCUCUAAUCCCCCCCUCUCUCUCCUGAUCUCCAUCUUUUGUUUGUUAUUGAGAAGUCCGCUUGCUUCACAAUGCACAGUUGGAUCUAUUGCGACACGCAAUAUAGUUUAACUCCCAUCUGGAUUGAUAAUCUCAUGGCCACGAUAGGGCUAAGGGACACGAUUCAGGUGACAGGUCAGAGUGUAUGUUGGAGUUUAUAGAUUUGUAUAGAGUUAAUGACUGGGUCUGUUAUAGUAUUAGGGCAUAGUAUAGGUUAGGUCAGUAGCUAGGGACUGUGUUGGGUUCAAAAGAUAUGGUUAUGAGCUAAGGGUUUUGUUUGGGCGAAGGCUUAAUGGAGGUUAGGGGUUGGGCCUGUGUUGGG